CAAGCAAAGCUGGACACAGUUGUCUGGUAGAGUCGGCUGGGGAACAGGGGUUAACAGACUUCUUUCAGUCAAAUGGUGUUGUGCGCGUCUAUUUCACAUGCACAUGAGUCACAAAAAUCAGAGGUGACAGGCUCAAUGGAUCCUCAAAAUCAAUUCCAAAGCCUCAACGCCGAUGAGCAGCAGUUGGAGAACUUCAAUCUAACUGAAUGGAUUGGCAUGGGGAGAAGCAGCACUCUCAACCCGGCUAAGCGGCGGCUCUGGGACUGGAUUUGUCUUUUAGUGCUUUCUAUGUCCUUGCUACUCCGAUCAGCGUGCUGCCAAACAUGCCGUAUUCAGCGUUGUAAUGCAGAGUACGUGGCCUCAUUUUCACCCUCCGGUGGCCUGCAAGAGGAGCUGCUUCCAGAUGUGGACUACUGCACGGCACUGAGGGCCUACUCCUUGUGUACCCGUCGGACUGCUCGCGGCUGCAGAGGGGACCUGGUCUACCACUCCGCUGUAUUCCGCAUCAAAGAGCUCUUUGCACAGCAUAACUGCUCCAGCGACGGCCCGACAUCGUCGGCCAAAGCACCCAGCACUUCUAGACCGCCCGUGGUGGACGUCUGUAAUUAUGAAAGUCGGGUGCUUGCAUCGGGCCCAGCGGCCCAGCAGAAAAAGUACGGACAUUGUGGAUUAUUCGGGGAUCCACACUUGCGGACAUUUCGGGAUGAGUUUCAGACGUGUAGGGUGGAGGGGGCUUGGCCACUCAUCCACAACCGAUAUCUUUCGGUUCAAGUUACAAAUGUGCCGGUCAUUGAAGGGUCAAGUGCUACGGCAACCAACAAGAUAACGGUCAUCUUCAAGUCCUACCAUGACUGCACCGAGCAGAAGGUUUACCAGGCCACCACAGAGGACCUGCCUUCAGCAUUCCAGGAUGGCACGCGCAGCGGUGGUAAAGGAGACAGUCUGUGGAUCGUAGAGGGAAGCGGAGGUCUCGGCAUCCGGCAGGUGAAGAUCCACGCUCGAUACCUGGGCACGUCCAUCAUCGUUCGCCAAGUGGGCCGCUACCUGACUUUCGCUAUCCGCAUGCCCGAGGACUUAGCGGAGGAAAACGGCGGCCUGCAGCUGUGCCUGCAUGGCUGUCCUCGCAGCGAGGUCAUCAAGGCCCACGUGCUCAACCGCCAACAGAGUCUCCGUCCGCCACGACUUACGGGGGGCUGGUUUGGCGAUGGCGCCGAGCUGCAGCCGGGCCUCUCGGCGCAUGUGGACAUGCUAGAACGCGCCACUACAAAGUGCAGAGAGAUGCUGCAGGUAGAGGACGUUUAUUUCCAAUCGUGCGUGUUUGAUCUUCUCACGACGGGCGAUCCGGAGUUCUCCAUGGCUGCUUACGGCGCCCUGGAGGAUCUGAAGGCACUUCCACCCAGCACUCUGAAACAGAGCUCACCCAGGACUCCGCACAUUUUUAACACGGGAACAGUAGUUACACCAUCUGUUUAUGCAGCUUUGCUGCUGCUUUUGCUGUUGAAUUGAAAGCGCUGGUCGAGGCGACCCUCGAAAACACUUUUGGAAAUCGACCUUGUUCAAGUUUCACAAUUAGAUUGAUUUAAAACUAUACGCCAGUAAGAAAAACUGAAACCGGCACUUAAGUGCUAAGUGAAAAUAGACCCCGAAUCCUUGUUCUGCCAUUUAAACACGUGUUUAUCCUUUGGAGCGGGAUAACGGCGAAACACUCCAGGCUUUCUGAAUGUGAAAUCAACAGUGGCCCUCUAAUCUGGAAAAGAUGAAGGCAGCUAAUCUGCAUAUCCUUUAGAUGAUCACAGAUUCAAGUCUCACCAGAGAGGAGACCUGUGAUAAGGACAUGAAGCUUCUAUUGAAAAGUAUUAAGAGACAGUGAGAGGUGGCCUAGGGCGCACCGUGAUGCGCAUCUUCCAGAAUCACACGAGUUUAGUUGCACUUCACAAGCGUGGAAGGUUAUUGAAAAUACAUGAUAUGUUCACGGGAUCCAACAACUACUGGAAAUGCUACCUAUCCAUAUACUUUUAGGGUUGCCAACAUCCAUAAACAAAGCUACAAAUGUACAGUCACGUCAACCAGACACAAACUGACCUCCUCAAGCUGCUCUGCUUAUUAUGGUUCAAAGAAAACAAAACAAAUUCUUUAUAUAAUAAUAUAUUGAAAGAGUGUAUAUAUGUUUUAUAAUGUGUACAUUCACCUGUGUAUAGAUGAAAAUGUUUUAAAUUGGACGUUUUGAAGCGGUUUCACCUAGCUAGAUAUUUUUUUAGUUUGUAAAACGUAACUAAUAUGUGAUGCAUUGUAUAAUCUGUUUUCCAUAUUAAAAAAAGAGUUGUGACAGUAUGUGGUCUUAUUUAUGUCAUACGUUUCGUGACCAAACAAGUUUUGGUUCCCAUGUUGUUUCAGAAAGGUUUGUUUUGGUAACAAAAUGGGUCCUAAAACAAUCUCAUUUGGUUCCAAAAAAAUGAAUUAAAAACAAUUGGGAACCUGAUGCUUUUUUUUUGCAUAUAGUUUCUUCUACAGUUUAGCCCUUUAGUCAUUAUACAAAAUUAUUAAAAUCACACAGUAACCAUUUAAAAAGGUUUAAGCAUAAACAGUAAGUUGCCUUAUUGAUCGUUUUGCUGAAUGUAAACAACACUGGUGCACUUCUAGUUUUUAGUUUCUUAAUAAUUUCACAUAUAAGUAUAAAAUGUUAUUUUAACAUAGAUUCAGUUCCAAAUGUUAUGUUAGUUAUAUUUUGUUCUAACAUUUGUGUAGGGUAGUGUAGUGCUUCCCGACCGGUGUUGUUUACAUCUUGCAAAAUGGUCUGUAGGCAGCGCUUUCGUUUUUUUUCCCCUAGACUGAGCUCAACCAUUUGGCCAGUGAACGAAAGCAAUUGAUAUUUGUCCAUCAACUGCUUAAAGUGGUCCAUAUGUCGGCGUGUGCGAAUAGUAUACCGCCCGACGACAUCUACAAACCUUUUUACACGUUUCCACGGUCCGCAAUAAGGAUCUUUCAGGCCUCGGGUGAAAACCGGGCUGAAAUGACAGGGUCGUGUGACGGAGAUUAAAACGUCGCCAGUUUAACCACAUUCAUCAUGCUAAACUAAGCGUUUUCCAGCGCUGCCCUUCUCUUGUACUUCGCACCUCUCGGCACUCCAUCACUCUCAUGUUUUAAUGGCGCCCAAUGCGAGAAAGAACAAGUCUGGCUGUCAGAAAUCAUCUUGUACAGGCUGCGGUAGCACAGGCCUGUAGUUAACAUGCUGACAGCUACAGUGUAUGAUCUUAUACUUCAGCAUAGUGCGUUUUUAUUGCGUUUUUACAACGUAUUUUAUGCAUCUUGUCUCGCUUUUUUCAUGCUUUCUCUAUGAAGCUUUUUCAUAUUUAUAAAUAAUAUAGAGCUGCUCUGUUUAAGGCAUGUCAUGAGGUACAUAAAGAAACGACAAUCCACUUUGUUCUUUGCUCACUUUGAUCUAAUAAACAAGGACAAUUAUUGAGCUAAUGAAUUAAAGGAAAGACUCUAGAGUGAUUAAUAUUCACACCGGGAAAUGAACGUGACAUUAAUAGGAUAGCGGGUAAGAUAAAUAGACAGAACGGGAGAUGUCUACACCUUGAUUGAUAAAUUGGUAGAUGGAUGGCUCUCUUAAACAGCUGUGUUUAAGCACCAUUAACAUUUACAGUCUCACCGAAUACUGUAAGCAUUUUUCUUCGGGCAAAAACCACAGAAAAUGUCCUGUUUGUGAUGCCUUUUUAUGGUGUCAUUGCUGUCUUUAGUAUUUUAGUAUUCGUUUAUUCACUAUUUUAUUCUACACUUCACUUCAUCUGGAAAAGAAAGGACUGACUGGAGAAAAUUCUAUAAACGUGGUACAGGUACUGCAAACCUCCCCAUCUCUAGUCUCAAGUCUCCAAUGCUUCAAACGCAUUGCGCUGUGCUCAGGUUCUACUCUGUAUAUGUGUUAAUACGUCUGUGCUAUAGAACUUUUUAACAAAUGGCCCCUCUACACCUCCAAGCCUGGAAAAACCAAGCCUGAAAAUUAGGCAUCUAUAUCAUAAAUCUUGGCAAGUUAUGAUAAUUUGCAAUUCACUCCCUCAUCAAAGGCAAUAUUACCCUAAUUUAUUAUCUUCCCGCGUGUGCGGCGCUCGGAGGCCGUGGAGAUAAGAGUCUAUCAGGAGGAGGAUUGAUUUUCAUUAACAGAUUGUAAUAAAGAUGAACUGCUAGGACUGCGCGCUGACCAAGAGCCACACUUUAUUGUAAUUGGGCCAAUUUAUUUCAUGAGCCACUGCCUCCACUUUUUAGGCUCGCCCCAUUCCUCUCUCUCCCCCCUCUCUCUCUCUUCCUCUGUUCAUUACUGUAAUGUUUCAACCACAUCCUCAUUUUUUCUUCAUAUUUCAGCUGCCGGUCAAACUGUAUAUUCAACAUUUCAUGAAUCCACCUGCAGAUGUGUCCACACAGCAUAGACUAUCUAAUCAUUUCAUUGUUAGGAAUCAUUGACAUCCAUCUCUGUCUGUCUGUCUGUCUGUCUAUCUAUCUAUCAGAUUUAUCUCUCUGUCAACUGUCUGUCCAAUUUAUCUGUCACUCUAUCUGUCUAUCUGUUACUCUAUCUGUCUGUCUAUCUAUCCGUAUGUCUAUCUAUCUAUCGAUCCAGUUUAUCGGUCUGUCUAUAUAUCUAUCUGUGUUUCUGUCCAAUUUAUCUGUCUGUCUGUCUACCUGUCCGUCUAUCCGGUUUGUCUGUCUGUCUGUCUAUCUUUCCAUCUGUCUAUCCAUCUAUCGAUCCAAUUUGUCUGUCUAAUUUAUCUGUCUGUCUGUCUACCUGUCCAUCUAUCCGGUUUGUCUGUCUAUCUAUCGAUCCAGUUUAUUUGUCUGUCUGUCUAUAUAUCUAUCUGUCUCUCGCUCUCGUUCUGUUUGUCUGUCUACCUGUCCGUCUAUCCGGUUUGUCUGUCUUUCUAUCUAUCUCUCUGUCUGUCUGUCUAAUUUAUCUGUCUGUCUAUAUAUCUAUCUGUCUGUCUGUCUGUCUGUCUGUCUCUCUCUCUCUAUAUAUAUAUCUGUCUGUCUAUCUAUCUAUCUCUCUGUCUGUCUAUCUAUCUAUCUAUCUCUCUUGUCUUUCUAUCUAUCUAUCUAUCUAUCUAUCUAUCUAUCUAUCUAUCUAUCUAUCUAUCUAUCUAUCUAUCUAUCUAUCUAUCUAUCUAUCUAUCUAUCUAUCUAUCUAUCUAUCUAUCUAUCUAUCUAUCUAUCUAUCUAUCUAUCUAUCUAUCUAUCUAUCUCACUUUC